UUGGUCGGAACAAGUUAUGAUUAGCUAUUGUUGUUGACCAAUAGAAAAUAAUUAUCAUUUUGAUUAUCAGUAACAAUUAUUCCGGCGAAAUUUAAUCGUUAUAAAUAGAGAAAGGAAGAAAGUUAACGUGGCAGCUAAGGAAAUAAUGAUGAAGCUAUAACAAAGGCGAGACGUGAGCUAAUUGAAAUUAUAUUUUCGAAAAAAUUGAGAGAAAACGAAGAAAAGAAGAAGAAGAUGUCGUGGCAAACUUACGUUGAUGAGCAUUUGAUGUGUGAUGUCGGAGACGGCCAAGGUCAUCACCUUACUGCCGCCGCAAUCGUUGGUCAUGACGGUAGCGUUUGGGCACAGAGCGCUAACUUCCCUCAGUUCAAGGCACAAGAGUUCACUGGUAUAAUGAAAGAUUUUGAUGAACCGGGUCACUUAGCUCCCACAGGGUUAUUUUUAGCUGGAGCCAAGUACAUGGUCAUCCAAGGUGAGCCUGGCGCUGUAAUCCGUGGCAAGAAGGGAGCAGGAGGCAUAACCAUAAAGAAAACAGGACAAUCAUGUGUGUUUGGUAUCUAUGAAGAGCCCGUAACACCAGGACAGUGCAACAUGGUCGUCGAGAGGUUGGGUGAUUACCUCCUCGAACAGGAUCUCUAGGCCUCCAUCUCAUCAACCCUUCUAGAAGAUUCCAACUUCCACAUUAUUUUCUUCUACAAACUAAUAUAUUUGAUUUGGUUUCUGGAUUUUCUCUAAGAAGCUGGAGGCUUAUUAAUUAUGUUUAUUUAAAGAAUAUUGUUUUCCUCUUUCUUUUUCUUGGUUUCAUACGAUUCAAUUUUUCGUAAACAAUGUUUAAUUAAUUUGCUAUUUGUUAUUCUUUUUUUUUUUGCUUAAAACCUAUUUGUUAUUCUCUCUUGCUUUUAGGCGAUUUGCAUUGGUCUAUCACAUCAGUGUUUAACUAAA